AUGUUGCCAUGCACAGGUGCCACUGUGAAGGUGACUUGCAAGGCUGGCGAUAAGCAUAUCCUCGCAUUCGGAAAGACUAGGAGCACUGGUGUAUAUUCCAUCAUUGUCAAGGGUUAUGACUACGUGAAGUAUGGAGCUGCCAACUGCAAGGCGCAGCUCCAUGCUGGCCCCAAUGGCUCCCUUUGCAACGUCGCCACCGACAUCAACAGGGGGAACAAGGGAGCCAAGCUGCACGUCAAGUCUACGUCCAACAGGCUGAUUGUCCUAAAGACUAAGUCUUUCGCCUACGCCCCCAAGAAGCAAUACAAGGAAUGCCACAAGCACCAUGUGCCUCCAACCCCUACUUACAUCUAUAAGUCUCCGCCGCCACCUGUGAAGACCCCGCCGCCCACAUCCCACUACAAGUCCCCACCCCCACCUUCACCGUCGCCUCCUCCUCCUUACAUCUACAAAUCCCCACCUCCACCCUCACCCUCGCCUCCUCCUCCUUAUAUCUACAAGUCCCCACCCCCACCCUCACCCUCGCCGCCUCCUCCUUACAUCUACAAGUCCCCACCCCCACCCUCAGCCUCACCUCCUCCUCCUUACAUCUACAAGUCCCCACCCCCACCCCCACCCUCACCCUCGCCGCCUCCUCCUUACAUCUACAAGUCCCCACCCCCACCCUCACCCUCGCCGCCUCCUCCCCAUCUACAAGUCCCCCCACCCCCACCCUCACCCUCGCCUCCUCCUCCCGCCCACAUCUACAAGUCCCCCGCUACCCCACCCUCACCCUCUCGCCUCCUCCUCCUUGCAUCUACAAGUCCCCACCCCACCCUCACCCUCGCCUCGCCUCCUCCUCCUUACAUCUACACGUCCCCACCACCACCCUCACCCUCGCCUCCUCCUCCUUACAUCUACAAAUCCCCACCGCCACCCUCACCCUCGCCUCCUCCUCCUUACCUCUACAAGUCCCCACCCCCACCCUCACCCUCGCCUCCUCCUCCUUACAUCUACAAGUCCCCACCCCCACCCUCACCCUCGCCUCCUCCUCCUUACAUCUACAAGUCCCCGCCCCCACCCUCACCCUCGCCUCCUCCUCCUUACAUCUACAAGUCCCCACCCCCACCCUCACCCUCGCCUCCUCCUCCUUACAUCUACAAGUCCCCACCGCCACCCUCACCCUCGCCUCCUCCUCCUUACGUCUACAAGUCCCCACCCCCACCCUCACCCUCGCCACCUCCUCCGUACAUCUACAAGUCCCCACCUCCACCCUCACCCUCUCCUCCUCCUCCCUACUACUGA